AUGAACCUACAAUCCUCCAGCGCAUACCCACCCACCCAUGCGCCAUAUUCUACCUCUGUUUCUACUUCUACUAGCAAUGUUUCAGCUCCACAGUACAACCAGAAUUUUCCCUGCCCUUCUUUAAACUUGCAACGCUCCAGCGCACACUUACCUAGCGCUUCUGCUUCUUCUACUGGCAACUCCGCAGCUGAAUACUUCGUUGCAGCAGCAACUCAUUCCAGCCCUGUUCCGCAAACAGACCACCGUGUAUCCCGUCCUUCGUCGACAGCUCAAGACACAAAGCGUGACUCAAGCAGUUCCCGUGACCGAGAAGUCUCACGCAGAAGUAACCGCUCGGUUUCGGGAUCAAGCUCCCCGGCACCAACGUCAGCGGGUAGCUCUUCGCGUAAUGGAGGACGUACACGGGUAGAUGGACUAUACGAGACAACGAAGUACAAGACGAAAUUGAAACCCCUCGUUCCUAGGGAAACUCGCAAAAAGGAGAUAGCAGAAAGACAGGCAGUGGCAAAGCAGUCGGCAGGAAGACAAACAUCGGAGAGUCCAACAAUCAACGAGGAGAGGGAAGAAAUAAAGACCCCGGAGUACUGGAAAGAACGGCAGAAUGAUCAGCAAUAUGGAGGUUGGUUGUGA